AUUUUUGGGAAUUAAAAAAAUAAAAUGUUUCCUGAGCACAACGGAAAAAAAUGGGUUUGGCCGUAAUUGGUUCUCGGGGUUUUGAAAUCGUAUCGAUUACGAUUUUUAUUCUCUGCUGAUAAUCUCUAGUAUUUCAAAGCGCAUAUUAUAUUUUUAUAUCAGUAUGAUAAUAUAAAAGCCCACACAAUCAACAACUGUGACGUGUAUUGAUACACAGUAAUCUCGACGAUAAUAUUAAUUAUUCGCUCAGUCAGUUAAAUUUCUUUUCGCAUUGGAGGACAUGAUCUGUAAUUUCUAUCAUAUUACAAUAUUACCGUGUUAUAUCCAUGUAUUACACUAUAUUAUAUAAUAUUAUAUGCCCGAAGAAAUUACUCAUAUUGUUAUAACCCGAGCCGCCGCCCGACCGCCGCCGCCGCCAUCGUCAUCAAGACUAUCGACGCCGAUCGAUUCGGCCCGUGUGCAGGGAAAAUCGUUUUUAUUCGCAAAGUUUCCAGCACGAGAAGAGAGAAAAAAAUGUGUUGUGCUCGCACUGAUAUCUCGCGAUAUAGCUAUUAUUAUAUACACGUAGGUCCGUGUAAUCGACACUUUGGCGGACUUGACCUAGUAACAACGACGAACGAACGGCCGUUGCUAAGAAACAGUGCGUGUGGUAACGGCGGCGGCGGCGGCGAGGUAUUAGUUCGCCGACACUUUGGAUCUAAUUGAGAAUAAAAUAUUUUGCGCUGUUCCGCCCUCGUCGCCGCCGUAUACGGAAAUUCGUCCGGACCGAAAACGCCUCGGAAUGCCUUCGAUCCACCGGAGGUGCGUGCCGUCCAAGGUGCAGUGGUUGGAGCAGAUCUCCAUGAAAAACGGAUUCAAGCCGGGUGUGUACGAAAAGUACGGGCUGUACAUGGGCAACUGGGAACACGACACGAAACAAGGAAAAGGAAAAAAGUCUUACAAGAACAAAACAGUGUACGAGGGAGAUUGGGUCGCGAACAAAAGACAUGGUUUUGGCGUGCUGAUGAAGAAAGUCGAUGACCAUUUUGUAUACAUUUACGAAGGACAAUGGAUCAAUAACCGAUUCGCUAAAGGCAAAUGGUACGAAGAUGGAGGCAUUUACGAUGGUAGCUUUUCGACGACCGGUAGCAGAAUAAAAUGCGGUUACGGGACCAUGCGGUGGAACGAUGGAGCCGUAUACCGAGGUCAAUGGCGUAACAACGAGUACAACGGCCGGGGGAAACAUGUAGAAGCAAACGGUAACGUUUAUGACGGACAAUGGAGAAAUGGUCUGAAACACGGUGAAGGUGUGUACGUGUUCAAAGACAAAGGUCAAUUGAUGGAGGGCGUUUGGAUCGACGGAGAGCUGAAAAUAAGCACCAUCAAAUAUGUUGACGAACCGGAUAGUAUCCGAACACACUAUAUGAUGCCCGAGAUUUCCAAAUCUGACGAGAAAAGUAUACUAGAAGCGUACGAGUUUACGAAAUCGGAAAUGCUCGAAAACCUGUGAAAAAUAUCGAAAUCAUUGCGUUAUGAAAUUAUAAAUUUUAUUUAAUAAUAUUAUGUUGUGAUUAUAAUUUAUACGACGUGAUGUACCAUAAUAAUAUACUAUAUAUUGUGUACCAGUGGGGAGGGGGUAAUGUCUAGCUGAGCGUGAAUGAUUUUAAUGUUUUUCCCGCGAUCCAACAAUGCAGUCAAGAGAUGUUAUGUCGUUUCGGUCGCUCCCAUUCAGAAGGACAGUUUUACGAGUUCACCAAAUAAUAAGGAUAAUACAUUAAGCACAGUAGAUUUAAACUAGGAAUCCUGAAUCGGUAUCAGAAUAUUUUGGUUCAACUCCUUUUGUUAAGCUUGAUGAAGUAUCCCGACGAUUAAACAUUGUUCGAGGGUAACAGUAAGUAUAUGGUUGUGUGAUCAGGGUUCGAACGACAUGGUUAUACUAAGGAAAUGAAUAUAACAUAUAUAAUAUGCAAAUCCAAGACUUCCUUUGUAAUUAUUACACUUAUAGCACACAUAAUGAUCAAUUUAUUUAAGUCCAUACACUCAUUGUGUUUAGAAAAGUUUAAACUUUUUCGAAAAGAUUAUUUUACGUAAUUUGAAGUGAACAACGUUUUUGAAAACAAUAUUAUACUUUUUACAAUUAUCUCAUCGUUAUCAGUCUUAAAUAGUUUAUUUUUUUAACUAAAACAUCAGUUUAUAAUUCCAUAUUCCGUAGCAGUAAUUUUUUAAGAGUAUUUCCAUGCAAAGAAAUCAAAAUGCACCUAGUUUACAGGUUAAAAUAUUUUUUUGACGUACCAUUAUGCAAUGACAUUCGCAAUACAUAUUAUAAUUGUCGUGAUUUUUUUUUUAUGCAGCCGACUACCUAAGAAAUAGUUCUCUUUCAAGGAUAUUAGGAGUUAACCACGUGACUCUUUCUCUUCUUUGAAGUGUUUUUUUCGUUUAUAUAUAUAUAUAUCGUGUUCUGUGUAUCUUACACUAUUGUAAUAUUUUAUCUCGUCGUUUUCUGAAUUAUUACUGUCAAAUUUGUUAAAUUAUUAUAGUUUUAUUAUUGUAAGCCACUGUAAUUGGGCUUCAGCCCGUUAAAAAAAAAACAAAUAAAUGAAUAAUUGAUAAGUAAUUUUGAUGAGUAGAAUAGUAAACUAGCAUUUUCCGGGAUACAUAUCUGCAAUCAGUUGUCGAAAUUUAUUUUAAAGAUUCAAAGUGGUCUCGUUGAAAAGUCUGAAAUAAAAAUAAUGUUGUCACAGUUUUACUUGUUAUUCAAAGAAAUAAAAAUUAUGUUGAUAAAAAAUUGUGUUUUUAAAAAGUUCCAUCUUUUUGAAACAGUUAUACAUGUAUAAGUAUUAUUUUUUUUUUGUUUACAAUACACACAUCUUGUUAAACUUACUUUAUACAACUUGUUG